AUGUUGUCCUCACUUCUAGCUCUCCUGCCGCUACUUACAGCCAUUUCGGCCUCGCCCGAACUCAUCUCCAAGAACCUCAACUACCGCUCUCCGUACAACGCUCAUCCCGGUCUCGCUAUUGACACUCGGGAGGUCCACGAGCGUCAUCUCCAAGCCCGCAGCGAAGUGGAUUCGGAGAUCACCAAAAGGCAGCUUCAGACAGCCAAGCCCUCGGGCACUCCUGACGACUACCCCGUUCCCAAUUACGGUCUGGGUGUGGCGGACUGGUCCAACGCCGGCUAUGUCUAUGCGGGGAACUUGAAUUUUACGCACAGCGUGGCCUCCGGCGAUCCGUACGACUACUCCGUCCUCCUUUGGACUCGUGUCUACCCUACCGACGCCUUCCGCAUCGACAUCCCCCAGUGUGUCACUUACAAGGUCUACGACGGGGAGAAUGGGCAGGGCAAGGUCGUCUCCGAGGGUUGGGCCUUGACCGGCCCGGAUGUGGACUACACAGUCAAGGUCGAGGCCGACGGUCUGACCGCUAGCAAGUGGUACUCCUACCAGUUCGCCAACUGCGCCAAGCCGGACAACAAGUCGCCCAUGGGCCGAACCCGUACCGCUCCUGGAAAGACCGCCACCAACGUCGCCACCCAGCGCUUCGCCAUCUACUCUUGCUCCAACUACCCCAACGGCUUCUUCUCUGCCUACUCUGGCCCGGUCGUCCACAACGAUGCCGACUAUGUCGUCCACCUCGGAGACUACAUCUACGAGUACGCCACAGGUGGUGCCGGGAUCGGUCGCACCCCCUCCAAGGCUACUGAGCUCGCCACACUCGACGACUAUCGCCGCCGGUACGACCAGUACCGUACGGACGUCGACCUGGUCUCGAUGCACCAGAACCUCCCCAUGAUCGCCAUCUGGGAUGACCACGAGACUGCCAACAAUGACUGGAAGGCCGGCUCGUCCAACUCGAACGACUCUGUCGCUACCGGUGGUUGUCGCUCCUCGAACGGUACCGUCUGCUUUUCGGACCGCGCCAUCCACGCCAAGCGCGCCUACUUUGAGUGGAUCCCCAUCCGCCAAGUCGACCUCGCCGACCAGGCCCGUAUCUACCGCGAGUUCCGUUUCGGCAACCUGCUCGACGUCCUCGCGCUCGACACCCGCAAGUACGACCGGGACAUCACAGACCUCGACUACAAUGUGGGCUACGUCGCCGAGCUCGCGCAGCAGCUCAAGUCGGACCGAAGUAUCAUGGGCCCCAAGCAGGAGAAGUGGGUCGAGGAUAGCUUGUUGGCGAGCAAGAACAGGGGAACGACCUGGCGUUUGAUCUGGAACCAGGUCAUCUUUGGAACUAUCAACCACCGCUGGACUUCUCGUACUCCCGAGACCGCCUCGUUCAUCAUCAAUUACGAUGCGUGGGACGGAUACCAGGCCAACCGGAACCGCCUGCUUACCCACGUCACCGACAACAAGAUCGACAACAUUGCCCUCUUCACCGGCGACACUCACGCAAACUGGCUUUUCGAAAACUCCCUCGCCACCACCCUCCAGGGCACCAACGACACCAGCACCAUCAAGAACACCAGCACCACCACCAACUCUUACCAGGCCGGCACGGUCGUCGAGUACGGCGGAACCGCUGUCAGCUCGAACGGCUGGGGCAACAGCUGGGGGAGCUACGAGAAUUCUACGGUCGGCGCCAAGGCUAUGGUCGCCAACAACCCGAGCUUGCUCUAUGCUGAUGCUUUCCACCGAGGCUACAUGACUGUUACCGUCAACUACACCCACCUCGAGACGACUUGGUACGAGUACCCCGGUAACCAGCAGCAGCGCGUGCCUGGAAACCGGACCAUGGCUUUCCGUGCUACCCAGCAGGCGGGUAUGAACCAGGUCAUGCGGCCGUUGAUGCAGCCCAAGUUUGGCGCAGUCAAGGCUGGGAACUUCUGA